AAUUAAAUUUAUUAUGAUUAUUCCUUUCACUCACUAAUAGGUGUCCGAUCAAACAGAGAAGGCAGUAAUUCGGUCGGAGUCGGAGACAACAUUCGAAACGGUCAAGCUGACAGAGAAUCUACAGGAAUCCGAGAAGAAUUCCCGGAACUGUAAGAACGAACGAUGUCGUCGCAGGACAUUGCCGGAAUCCUGGAGAACUCCAAGGAGCUGGAUCGGCUGCGGAAGGAGCUGGAGGACGUCAUUGUCGAGAUCAACAAAAUCCACAAGAAGCUCCAAACCAAUCCUGAGGUGGUUGAGAAGCCUGGUGACACUUCCUUAACAAGAUUGAAGAUUUUGUAUUCUCAAGGCAAGGAACUUUCAGAAAGUGAAGUGAAUGCUUCCAAUGCUUUGGUAACGCAAUUAGAUGCUCUGAUGCCGUCUGGGCCCACAGGCCAACCACGGAGAAGGAUAGAUGGAAGUGAGCAGAAACGGAAGAAAAUGAAGAAUGAUUCAGACAUCUCACGGCUUCCACCUUCCAUGAAAAGCCAACUUGAGGCUUUUGCUAGUUUGAAAGGUCAACAGGUAGCGGCAAGGGUUACAGGAGAAGAUGCUGAGAAGGAUGAGUGGUUCAUUGUGAAGGUGACACAUUUUGAUAGGGAAACCAAAGAAUUUGACGUAAUAGAUGAGGAGCCUGGUGAUGAUGAAGAAGGCAGUUGCCAAAGAACGUACAAGCUGUCCAUGUCAUGUAUUAUCCCAUUUCCCAAGCAAAAUGACCCUUCAACUGCUCAUGAGUUCCCUCGAGGGACCCAUGUGCUGGCUGUUUAUCCUGGGACAACUGCCCUCUAUAAGGCAACGGUUGUCAACUCCCCUCGAAAGAGGAAGUCCGAUGAUUAUGUACUCGAAUUUGAUGAUGACGAAGAAGACGGGGCCUUACCCAAGAGGACGGUGCCCUUUUACAACGUGGUCCCAUUGCCUGACGGGCACCGCCAGUGACUCUUGCCCGUAUACAACGAAUCCAACCCGUGUAAAUGUGGAGAGCUUGGUGUGUAGUAGUAGCAGCAGUAGUAGUAGUACUGUGAAUAAAGUCUUUAGGUACCACAAGCACUCUUUGUUACCCUUCCUACUUCUAGUAGUUACAUUAUUAAGAUUGUUGCAUGACGAUGUAUGUAAUCUUUUAGUCGGUUCUAUCACGAUAUCAUGCUGAUCCCACAUUCGGUCAGACAUUUUGACGUUAUAAGGUUGUGAAUUAGCUUGGCUAACUAUUUGUCUGUCCUCUUUUCUAAAAUAAAGAAUAUUGCUGCUUUCUUCUCU